AUGAAUAUUCCUCAUGCAGCGUCAAAUCUCAGACGAAAAAUAAAGACUUUUGUUCGAGAUCUAAAUUUGUUUCCAUCAAUUCCUCCAUCUACUGAUGAACAUCAACUUCGUAAUCAACAGAUAUCUACAAGAUUAUUUCUCUUUUGUUUAAUCCUAUCCUUAACUAUUCUCCUUGUCUACAAUUCAGUCAUUACUAUCACACAGACUGUUACUGUUCUAUCUCCAACAAUUACACAAUAUUCACAAUUGUAUGAAAAAUAUCCACAAACAUUAACAUGUCCUUGUUCAAAAAUUUCGAUCGAUUACGGUACAUUUUUUCGUAUUGAAUAUACAUUCCAUCCAGUUUGUUACAGCGACUUUGUCACCGACAAUUGGAUUGAUUACCUUUCACAGUUUAAGACUGACUAUAUAGUAUUUUCUGAUGACUUUCGCUGGACAUCAACAUUGACAUUCCAAGCGUUGAGUACUCUUUGCCGAUUAAUGAAUAAGACCAUUGUAAAUCGUCUGACUCAGUUCUAUUCAAUGCAAUAUGUUAGUGCAUCUGUGACAUCCUUGAAAGAAUUUCAAUACCAGUCUGAAGGUUUCUUGACUACGUUUAACAUAUCGACUAGGAACGAUUUUGUGAAUUCACUCUCUACAAUACGAGAUAUAACUCAAAGUAACGGUUUAAUGUCUGGAAAACUGACUAAUUAUGGAUUCAUGUCAUCUAGAACUACUAAUAAUGUAGUUACAUAUACAAUACCGUAUGGUAGUUGUGAAUGUAUAACCUCAGCUAUUUGUACCGAUGAUUCAUCAAUUUGGAAUGCUAAUGGCAGGCGGAUAUUCUCAAUACCUGGUUUUUAUACUGGUUGUUAUGUGAUUGAAGCAUUACUUCGAUCCGAUCUCAGAUGUUUUUACAAUCAAGCAUGUAUCACUCGAUUACAAUCAUAUAUCAAUUCUUCGAUAUCGAUGAACAUAUCAGCAUUAGAUUCAUCAUUGUUAAUUUACUUCGACGAAACCUCGACCAUUCGAGAUAUUCUUACUCUGUUAAUGGUUCAACAAUGGAAUAAGUCGAAACUUCCUGAGAAUUAUUUUAAUGAAUGUAAACCAACAAAUUGCGUCUAUACUUAUGAGACAAAUAACAGUGCUAUUUAUAUUAUCACAACAUUAGUUGGGCUAAUAGGUGGUUUAAUAACAGUACUGAAAUUAGUUAUACCACGAUUAGUAAUGUUUAUAAGACGAAGAAAAGUAACCGAUGUAGAAGAAAUUGGCAAGACAUAUUCAAGAGCUUUUACUGUUGUAUCUGUGCAGAGUAAGCCAGCUGAGCAACAGAAUAGACAAAACAAACUUACACGAGUCAAGGGUUGUUUUUAUACAUUAAAUAUAUUUCCAUCAAUUCCUCCAUCUACCGAUGAACAUCAACUUCAUAAUCAACGGAUAUCUACAAGAUUAUUUCUCCUCUGCUUAAUUGGAUCAUUAACCAUUCUCCUUGUCUACAAUUCGCUCAUCACUAUCACACAAACUAUUACUAUCCCAUCUCCAACAAUCACACAAUACUCACAAUUGUAUGAACAACAUGGACAAAUAUUAAUAUGCCCUUGUUCAACAAUUUCAGUGGAUUAUAGGAAAUUUCUUAAUCUUGGUUACAAAAUUCAUCAAGUUUGUUAUAGCGAUUUUGUCAGCGAAAAAUGGAUUGAGUAUCUAGCUCAAUUUUCAGAAGAUAUAGAUCUUUAUGGAGAUGAUUUUCGAUGGCUAAGUCCAUUGGUAUUUCAAAGUUUAUAUGCUGUAUGUGACUCGAUCAGGCGGAUGAUUAACAAUCGUUUGAUUGCCUUUCAUUUCACUCACUAUAUUACUGCAUCUGUGAUAUCCGUAGAAGUAUUUCAAUCUCAGUUUGAAGCUUUCAUAUCUCAGUUUAUACAAUCAACUAGGAAUAAUUUCUUAUUCUCACUCUCUGCAAUAAGAGACACAACUCAGAGUAAUUCUUUAUUAUCUGGAAAACUGACUAAUUAUGGCUUCCGAAUAGGGUCUUCAAAUCGGACUCUGAGUGGAUCUUCCUUCACAUACGAUAAUUGUAGUUGUACCACUUCAUCGAGAUGUAGCUCUGGAUCUGCCGUAUAUAAUUCUGAUUAUGAGGUACUCUUCUAUGUACCUGGCUUUUAUACUGGAUGUUAUAUCAUUGAAACGUUACUUCAAUCGAAUUUGGUAUGUCUUUACAAUCAAACAUGUAUCAGCGAACUAGAAUCAUAUUUUAUUCCAUCAGUACCAUCAAAUGUAACAGCUCUUGUCACGUCGACAGCAAGUAAUUUUUCUCGAGAUUCAACAGUCAGAAUACUUGUUGAACAACUAAUGAUAGAAGAGUGGCUUCCAUCAAUAGAAUAUGAGAAGUAUUAUAACGAAUGUCAACCAAUUCAAUGUAGCUACACGUAUCAAAGAAAGAAUAGUCGUAUUUAUAUUAUCACAGCAUUAAUUGGAUUGAUUGGUGGAUUGAUUACAGUAUUGAAAUUAGUUAUACCACGAUUAGUAACGUUUGUAAGAAAGAAAAAAGAACGAGUAGAACCACAAAUAGGAGUAAAUCUUAAUCAACGAAUUUUACAAUUCAAAGAAAAAUCAAAGAUAUUUGUUAAGAAUUUUAACUUAUUUCCAUCAAUUCCUCCAUCUACUGAUGAACAUCAACUUCGUAAUCAACAGAUAUCUACAAGAUUAUUUCUCUUUUGUUUAAUCCUAUCCUUAACUAUUCUCCUUGUCUACAAUUCAGUCAUUACUAUCACACAGACUGUUACUGUUCUAUCUCCAACAAUCACACAAUAUUCACAAUUGUAUGAAAAGUAUCCACAAACAUUAACAUGUCCUUGUUCAAANGAGUAUCUAUCAACGAAAUGUUCUAAUUAG